CCUGAUGUCUGGUUUGGCCACCAUGGACUCCCAGAUCUGCGGGAAGAUGGGCCUCCUGACCAUCACCUAUUACCUCUGGACCACCUUCAUGGCCGUCACCACGGGCAUCGUGCUGGUCCUCAUCAUCCAUCCAGGCGCCGCUGCCCAGAAGGAGGAGCACUUGGUGGGCAAAGCGGUGCUCAGCUCAGCCGACGCCCUGCUGGACCUCAUCAGAAAUAUGUUCCCUUCCAACCUGGUGGAGGCUUCCUUCCAGCAGUAUCGGACUGUCCUUGUCCCCGUGGUGAAAUCCGCCGGGAUCCCAAAGAAGUCCAGCUCGUCUUUCAGCUUCAUUUACUUGGUGCCGGAUCCCGGGAACCCAGAGAUCCAGCGUCCUGUCCUGCUGGAGAUCACUCCCUCCCCGGAAAUGAUCUACCAGGCCCUCCCGGGGAGCAACAACGAAAUGAACGUCUUGGGCAUCGUCCUCUUCUCGGCCACGGUCGGCCUCCUCCUGGGGAAGAUGGGGGAGCGUGGGGCUCCCCUGGUCAACGUGUGCCAGUGCCUGAACGAGGCUGUGAUGAAGAUCGUGGCCAUGGCGACGUG